UGAGGGCCGGCUCCGUCGUUCUCAAAGGGCAUUAGUAACAACCUCCAGACCUUCCAAAGGCGGAGGCAACGGAAGGGAGGGGGAGGAUGCAAAACCGAGUGCAAACUGCUCCCUACCAGCAGCUUCGCCUCGGUAUCAAGCCCUUUGCAGCUGAGCGAUCUCGGCACAGCCAGCGUCUCCUGGGUACCCUUCAAAGGCCCGUGCGCCGUCAGCACGGAGACUCAGUAGAAGGCGAGGCGGCAGCGAGGACCUUACCCUAGAGGAGCCCGGGAGCCGCAGCCCCUCCCCGCCAGCCCCGUCGGCCGGCUUCGCGCCGCGGAGCACGGGCGGCCCCGGAAGGCGGAUGUGGUUCCGGGUGGCGCGGCGCCAUGGAUUCGCUGUGGCGGCUGAAGCGGUUCGAUGCCUUCCCCAAGACCCUGGAAGAUUUUCGGGUCAAAACGUGCGGGGGCGCGCUGGUGACGGUUGUCAGCGGGCUCAUCGUGGUGCUGCUUUUCUUCUCGGAGCUGCAGUACUACCUCACCAAAGAGGUUCACCCGGAAUUGUACGUUGACAAAUCGAGGGGAGAUAAACUGAAGAUCAACCUGGACGUUAUUUUCCCACAUAUGCCUUGUGCUUAUUUGAGCAUUGAUGCCAUGGAUGUAGCAGGAGAGCAGCAGCUGGAUGUAGAGCACAAUCUGUUUAAACAACGUUUGGAUAAAGCUGGCAAUCGUGUGACUCCAGAGGCUGAGCGACAUGAGCUGGGGAAGGAAGAAGAAAAAGUGUUUGAUCCAGAUUCUUUGGAUGCCGAUCGCUGUGAGAGCUGUUACGGGGCAGAGUCAGAGGACAUUCGGUGUUGUAAUACUUGUGACGAUGUCAGAGAAGCAUACAGGCGGCGAGGCUGGGCCUUCAAGAACCCGGAUAGCAUAGAGCAGUGCAAGAGGGAAGGGUUUAGCCAGAAAAUGCAAGAGCAGAAGAACGAGGGCUGCCAAGUGUAUGGUUUCCUAGAGGUCAACAAGGUAGCUGGAAAUUUCCACUUUGCACCAGGAAAAAGUUUCCAACAGUCUCAUGUCCAUGAUAAUGAAGCAAAAGGUCUCACUCCGGGCACCGUGGCCUUCAAGAUUCUGUAUAGAAACCGCCUAUGUUCUUCUCAGAUGCUGUGUUCUUCUCAGCUGACCACUGGAGGCUGAGCACUUUAUUACUAGAGGUCAUCGAAAUCGUUCUCUCUCGGAGAAUUCACACGGCUGAUCUUACGCCUUGGUGCCAUCCGUAAUGGUGAAUGACCUUUUAGCCAGUGCGUAAACAUACUGCUUGUACUUCUUGGACAGGUGCUCUGUCUGUCUUCAGAGACUGUGAUUCUCCCGGAGAAUCCGAGCUGGAGCUUGGGGAAUUUGCUUUUGAAGCGAGCAGGGACUCUGAUUUUCGUCCCAAGUUACGGGAAGCAUUGAAAACUGGUCGCUUUAAGCCCGCACCGUGAUGCUCCAUCUUCAGAGGGUCAGAGAAGACCCCGGCUCCUCAGUGUCAUACCGGCUGCAGACGGUCUUGUCUUGUUCCUCAGCUCAUCUGCGAUCCAGUUGCACUGAGAAAUCCCCGGUCGUUAGGAGGAGGACGGAAGGAGGUCGUGAGGAGGACUGAAGCGGUACUUCCAAGCAGACUUUUUGGCAGGGAAACUAGUUAGUUGUCCUGGCUCUCCUGCAUCAAGGGAAAACCAGAGUCAAACGUUAUGGCUAUUUACAGUCUUCCGUUCCAAGCAGCACAGCCUCAAGCCCUGCUUAUUCAUUUGGAAGGAGCCGAGACUGGGUUUGCUUCACUCGCGUCUGCUCCGCAGGCUUUGGAUCCUAAACUGAGUUUUUCUGUUGGGUUUAUGCAGGGUGCUGCAGGUUUUGGUGGAGUUGUCUCCUUCCCUUGUGCCUCUGGGAGGACAGCCUCCAGCACCAGCUGUGCCUGUUUGUGAUUCUGGAGAUCAUGGCUGUUUUCUUUGCAGCAGUUCACACCUUCUCGCUUUCCUUCCUGGCUCAGAGAAAAGAGGAAUGAUUGAAUGAUCCAGCUUUGCAGCCUCCGGAGGUUAAGCCACAGGUUCAGGCGCUGCUGCCACAUCUGUCCAUGCCUGUACAGCAGCAGCAGCCGUCUCCCGCUUCAGCUGCGGUGCCUGGCAGCGAGUUUCCAGCACGCGGGAGAGCCCCUAGUGAGAGGUUCCUCAGGAGAGAGGCGAUCGUCCUAUCAAUUCCUUCUUCCUUGCCGUAUUUCUCCUAGUCAAGGGGAAGCUGAGGCUUCUCGUUCAUCCUUUAGGUUAUCUGUGGACCUCUCUGUUGCUGAGGUGCCAAGGGCUUGUACUUGAAGGCCCGUGAAGACCCAGCGGACUCUGCUGGGACGGUCGAUGCAGCCACAGAUUCAGUGUGGGCGUAAGACGAGUUCAACAGAAGGUUGGGUGGUCCCCACCUUGGCUCUGCACUGAGUAACAAUUAAAGCCUGCAGAUGUUUACUGAAACCUGAGGCGUGAUUUUGUAGCCUUUUUUCUUCAGUGUAACACCUCUGCUAGGCAUUUGCCACACAGACCGCAAACGUCCUGGUCAGCUUUUGGCUGACCCAGCUCACGCAAAGGCCCGAUGGAUUCUGGGAGCAGCGCCAUUAGGUGCAAGUGAGAGCACCAGGGAGGCAGCACAGGGGGCCAGAAAGAGCUAAAGGGCCAUGAUGCAGCCACCGUCACCUGCAGCCGGCUGUCUCCUGUAGCCGUCAUCUUUGUCUGGCAGUACUGGCAGAAUCUGCUGAUUUUUGGAAAUGGUAUAGAGCAGACUUCCAAGGCGGAAGGGAUAAAACAUCAGCUGAGCCAAAAAGCCUUUGAAGCAGCUCCAAGAGCAGCUGGACUGCUGAGGCUCUUGUGCUUGUGCUUCCCAGCGUGAUACAGGGGACGCCCGCACUGUGAGGGAGGAGGAGGGAUGAGCGCUCUCGCUAGGGCACUUUGUUUUAUUUCUUCGUGAGCUCACGAAAUAAAGCUUAACUCAC